AUGGGCCUUCUACAUCUCAGUCUGUUACUGCUGAUUCUCUCCAGUCAGUCUCUGGUUCAGCCACUGAGGGUGUACAUUGAUGGAGCUGAGGGAAAUGACAGUCUAGAGUGUUUGAAUUCCAGUUCCAUUGAGACUCCAUGUCAGUCUCUCUCAUUUGUAUCCAAGAAUCUGACUCAGAAACACUUUGUAGUCAUUGAAAUUUUGGGUGAUGUGCUGAACUUGACAAGAGCUGUGAACUUCACUGACUACUUUAAUCUCACCAUCAGUGGCUCUGGAAGUAGCACCACACUUCACUGCAAUGAAUCAGAUGCUGGACUAGCAUUUGUUCGAGUGGUGAAUCUGUCAAUAUUCUCCUUCACUGUGCAAAACUGUGGAGCCCCUCAACCCUGCAAUAUUCACUAUCAUUACCUCCCUGUUGCUGUUUAUGUGCUCGACUGUAGUAACAUGUCGAUCCAUAAUGUGGACAUUAUCUUAUCGAAUGGCACAGGGCUUUCCAUCUACAACACUAAUGGAGUCGUUGAAAUAAUGGAUUGCAACUUCAUCAACAACAGUGUGGCUAAUCCGAGCACUACUACGUCAGGAGGUGGUGGCUUGUACAUAGAUUUCACAACUUGUUUACCAGGUAUACAUGAAAGUGAAACUAACUGCAAUCACAACAGCAGGUAUGCCAUCUCCAAUUGCAAAUUCAUCAAAAAUUCAGCAUACACCAAUCAACAAGUGAAAAACUUUGUACCACCAUCACAACAGCUCUCUUUUCCAAGGCUUGGAAAAGGUGGAGGGCUAUACGUUAGCUUUGGUUUAGAUGCAACAAACAACUCUUUCCUCAUUUCUCAAUGUACUUUCAAGAGUAACAAGGCCAGUGUUAAUGCAGGAGGAAUGAUCGUUGAAUUCUUCAACUCUGUGACACACAACAAUGUCACAGUUGUUGAAACGGAUUUUGUAGAAAACACGUGUACACAGAAUCAGUUUUCAUCUGGAGGUGGACUUUUAGUUGACUUCAUGUUCUACUCUCAAGCACGCAUUCAUGGACAGAUACCUCUAAACAAUACAUUUGAGUGUCAUUUCUCUACAUUUCAGGGCAAUAGAGGAAGUAUGGGUGGUGGAACAGCCAUAACUGUAGCUAAGAAUGGAAAUGUUUCGUUUUCUACCACAAUUUCGUUCUCGAAUUGUAACUGGAUUGAGAAUGAGUCUGCCAUGGGGGCUGCAGUGUUUAUCACUCCUGCUAUCUGGGACUAUACCAAAGAAGGUUACCUACCAGUUCCCAAGUUCACGGACUGCAGGUUUGAAUCAAACUCUGCCAUUCAGAAACUGGAACCACCCAUGGCAGAAGGCAUUGGAGUGAAUGUAAAAUCUAGUGGUCAUGGUGCAUUGCAUAUCAGUCAGGUGAGGGUGAUGUUUGCUGGGAGAUCAUAUUUUGGUUACAACAGUGGCUCUGCAAUUGACCUAUCAAGCAGUGUAAUAGAUUUUGCAGAGGAAUCAAAUGUCACCUUUUUCAAUAACACCUCACACAAUGGUGGAGCUAUUGCAAUGCAUGGUUCUUCAAUGCUCCAAGUAAGGAAUAGCUCUACCUUCUUACUCACUGACAACAGAGCAAUCUCAAGAGGAGGUGCCAUAUACUUUGACUUUAAUGCUGCUACCUACACAGCUUAUUACAACUGCUUCAUAUCUUCACCAGAUUUCUCCAGAGUCAAUUCAACAUUCAUUUUCAUGGACAACUCUGCAAACGCCUCAGUGAUAGGACCUGCAAAUAUCACAAUCGAUUCGGCGUUCAAGGAGGUUUCAAACAACACAGUAAUGGUCAAAGGCUUGUCGACUGCCAACCAGGGUACCACUUUAACACAGGAUACUGGAUCGGCAAUUGCACAAGAAAUGGGAGUAAUCUUUGCACAACGAUCUGCCCUAGUGGAUAUUGUUCCUACAGUAAGAUUAACCCUGGGGAACACCUUCAUGUGCUUCCUAAUUCCUCGUACCUAUUGGACUCUGACAUUUGUGGUCCAAACAGAACUAACAGGCUAUGUGGCUGCUAGAACCACCUUCCAUAUCCUGAACUUCUCGUGUCUCUAUUCAGCUAACUUUCACUGCAGAGUAAAGGUUGUGCCUCUGGCUGGACACUUGACCUAUUUUGAAGGAGAACAUGUUCCAUAUGCCAUUGCUGCAAUCCUUGUUUUUUUCUUCAUGAUCAUAAUCCCACCUCUUCUGCUAGUGUCCUACCCACUGGUGUUCAAGCUGUUUGGUCACUGCAACCUGAGUGAGACAAAACCGGUCACCAUUCUCUGGAGGAUGAUGCCAAUACAGUUCCUUGACACAUUCCAGAGCUCCUUCAAGGACAAGUAUCGCUUCUUUGCUGGUCUCUACUUCCUGUAUCGUGCUGCCAUUCUUGCUCUGUAUGUUUGCUGCCAGACAUGGCUAGAGUUCUAUUCUGCUGUUCAGCUGCUGCUGAUCGCUAUCAUUACUGUUCAUUCCGUCAUCCAACCUCACAAGGAAAGAAAGCAUAACAUUGUGGACUCCCUUCUCUUUGCAAACCUCUCCCUCAUCAAUGCCAUCACCCUCUACUACUAUUACAGGACAGAAGUUUGGGGUCGUUUUAGCUCUGAGGUGAUCACUAAUGCAUUGGCAGUGACCCAGGCCUUUUUAAUCAUCUUACCUCUGCUGCUUGGCAUCACACUGGGUGUAAUAAAAUGGAAACUCUCAAGGAAGAAGCUGAAGGACUAUGAAGCUCUUCCCUCUCUGCAGAUUGAUAGAGAAAUCUCAAUGGAGAAGUAA